AUGCCUGCCGCCUUGCCGCCGCAUGCCACGCCUGCCGAGGUCGAUCAGAGUGCCUUGCCGCAAGUGCCGCCUUUGCCUUGCGAUGCAACGAUGUCAGGCAACGCCCACGCUGCCGCCUAUUCUGCUGAGCGUGUUUUGCCUGCAUUGCCGUGCUUUUCUGCGACUGCUGCCUCUGCUGCCGCUUCGCGAUUCACACCCAGCACGACCGACAUCUACCAAUCCUGCCCUCUUUCCCUUCGGGGAAAUGUAGAGGGCGCCCGGACUCUUUUUGAGCCCGGGCAGGGUAACCGAGAUCAGGUGAUUCCAAUCUCGGUGCCUCCUACCGCUCACAGCGGUCCGAUUCCAGGGUACGAUAUUUCGAUUGAUGCUGCGCAGAAAAUCGCUAACGAUAUUGGAGCGAUUGCGCAAAGCAUCGAUGAGACACGUUCCGAUCUCGAUAUCUUGAGGAACGGAGUGUCUGAUGUUGCGGCUGAGUUCGAUAACAAGGUCGAUCAACUCUGCACCCGAUUUCACGCGGAGAUUGAGCGACUAACCCAAGAGUACUAUCGAACCUAUGAUCGUUUUCAGGAUAGAAGUGCUGCAGAUCAGGAAACUCUUCACGAUCGAUUCGAACAACUGAAGAGCAUCCUGAAUGACAAGAUUCGUGAGUUCGACGAGCGAAUCUUCAACCUCAACGAGAGUAGAGCUGACUCUAUAUUUCAUAAGCUGCAGCGAACGAUAAGUGAGAUUCAUCGAUUUCCCGAGAGUCUCCAACAGCUGCAACUAGGUGUGUCUAAUUGCGAGGCGCGAAUAGGAUUCAGUAUCUUGAGGGACUCAUGCGAGUUCCUUAUGCUGGAGAGCCCGUGCGCGAUGAUCUUCGCCGCUACCCCGUCGCGUGCUGACGGUGUGCAAUUCUACGACAUCAGUGAUGGCGAUAGGGAGACGUCUAGUCUGCCUCGUUUGAAUGAUCCUGCGAUGCAGAAGAUCAACUAUAGCUGUGAUGAUGGCCUCUUCUACGAGCCCGGUGUUGAUGAUGAGAAAGCGCUCUUUGAGCUUGAUGCUGGCCGUGAAACAUGCGAAGCUGAUAUCGAGCAGGCCAGGAUUGCUCAUGAGCGAGCCGCAUCAUCACAUGGAGGAGGAGUCGAUUAUUGGGAAUAUAAGGCCGAUGAACACAAAUGGAUCUACCAUGUUGUCGUUCCAAGGAAGGCCAUGGUUCACCCUCCUGGGUCUAUCGGCGCUGCGCCCAAUCCAUGGAAACUCUCAACGGUUCGCAUUUCCAAAGUUCAGUACGCUGGCAAGACUCCCGUUACGAUCAGGGAGGAGAGUUACGCAUUCGGCAAGACCCGACUGAUGCAGUCAUGGACCGGAACAGUUGAGUUCUUUGAUGAUGGAUACGCUCCGAGAAAGGCCAAGGCUCCGUCAUACUCCGGGUCGAUCUCUCUCGGGGGUAAGGAUGGUCUCGGAUAUGAGCAAUCCGCUAUGUCGCGUGACGCCGAACUGCGUGCUAUGGGAAGAAACGAUGAUCGCGACGCUGUGCCGGCUGAUGUUGAUUAUGACUCAGGGUAUGAGUCCCCGGCUUGUCGCACCGAGCACGAUUACUGGCAUCAUGAUUCAGUUGCCGGUACAGUUACGCGAUUUCACGUUGUCGAGCGUAGAGCUCGCUUUGAUCCGCAGUCUGUCAAAGGGUGCCCCAUCGACCCAUCUUUGCUGUCCGAUGCACGGAUUACGUGUGCCAUGACCGGUGGUACUGAGUUCACCCUGCAGGACAGCUGGCGAUCCAAGGAUAGUAGAACCCUUCCGUGCCGAUGGACUGGCAAAACUGUUGUCGUCAUAGGGAAUCCAGCUAAGUCAAAGGUCAAAGUGUCGUUCGACAAGAUGAAGGCACCAGAUGGACUCGCUACGGCGCGAACAAAAUCAGGGUUCAAUGGGCAUGCACUGCAGGCCAACGCUCGGAUAAACGUGCCCGCGCGUGGUCGCGCCAAGAUUCCUACUGGUAGUCGCUUUACUUCGACAGAAGGGAUGACUGCCCGGGUACAACCCGCGCAGGGCUCAGUCUGCGACGUAUGUCCAGCCAUGUACACCUAUGGCGAAGGAACAACACAUGCCGAUGUCGAGGUGUUUAAUCCUACCAAUCAUGAUGUCACGAUUCAGUCUGGAGAGACGGUCGCGGUUGCGCAAUUCUAUACCUCGACGAUCGCGCACAUUGAGUUUGAGAGUGACGAAGAACCGCUGGAUGCAGCGCCUUCUGUUUCCGAUCGAACCGAGGCGAUCCGUGUCUCGACUAAUCACACGGCGGCCCCUGCCAUGCCACAGCGGGACGCGGGUUAUGAUCAUCGAGCCCCCGAAUCCAGCGUAUUCUUCUACAGCGCGUGUGUUGCACGUCCUGUCGAUCGCAAGGAGCGUGCCGCCAAUCCUAAGGCCAAGGCUGCUCUGGAUAAAGAGGGGGAGACCGCCCAUGUUGGACGCAUUUUCGAUAUAUGCGUGGAAAAGAAUUCCGAACUCCCCGAGACCGAUCCCAAUCGGAAAUUCAAAGGUCGAGUUGUCUUUGAAGGAUGUCAUGUCAAAGAUGAAGGCAACAAUUGGGCGAUCUUUUCCGAGAUCACGUCAUGCCCGGCAACGAUGGAAGCCGGCAAGGCUGCUGACGCGUUUGGUUUGCUGCCGGGACACGAGAUACAAGUCGCUGACGGCGAGUCCGCCUAUACUCAGGCGAAGCUGGGUGGACCAGCCACCUGGGUUCGCUUGCCCAAGGAGCGAUGGCCGCCAGAAUGGCAGGGCAAAUACCACGAUCCUGUGGUGCGCCUCGUUCUUGCAUUAUAUGGUCAUCCUGAUGCGGGUGAUUCUGGGAGCGCCAUUGCGAGCAGGCUCUCAAGUCCGUUGGGUUUGAGCAAUGCCCCGAUUGGAAGAGCGUCUUCCGGCAUCCCAAGCUCAACCUUAUGCUCGUUGUUUAUGUAG